GAGAUAGAAGAGUACGCGUCGCCCCCGUGGACUCGGCUGGACUUCGUAUACCAGGCUGCGCUUCCAUUGUUGCCGUGCGCAUCUCGAACUCGCUGCAUCUGCGCACGCCUCUCUCUCUCUCUUCGUCGGCGGAAGUGUCCGCAAUCUGUCUGCUGCCAUUUCUGCUCUCGAGGUUUUCUAGCGAUUCCUCUUGAAGCUUUCAGGAGAGUCAAGCUUGCAGACAAGGCUGAUAACUGCUGCGUCUAACGUAGUUAUGAAUUGUUUUCCCUCCUUUUUCCGUAAAAAGGAGGAUUCGCACACCAGAAAUACUCCCGAAAUCGAUGAAGAAAUUUCAAAUAUUCAGAAUGUCAAAGUCAAACUCUUUACCUACAAGGAGUUGAAAGCUGUGACGGAUGAUUUUUGUGAAUCAAACAAAAUCGGAGAGGGCGGUUUCGGCUCUGUUUAUAAGGGGCGUCUUAAAGGUGGAAAAAUUGCUGCAAUCAAGGUCCUCUCUGCUGAAUCAAGACAAGGAGUAAGAGAGUUCUUGACAGAGAUUAAUGUGAUAUCUGAGAUCGAGCACGAAAACUUAGUCAAGCUUUAUGGAUGUUGCUUACAAAAUAGUCAAAGGAUUUUGGUUUACAACUAUUUAGAAAACAACAGCCUUGCUCAAACUCUUCUAGGUGCAAAUCGCAGCAACAUCCAGUUUAAUUGGCAAACAAGAUAUCGCAUUUGCAUUGGGGUUGGAAAGGGCCUUGCUUUCCUCCAUGAGGAAGUACGGCCAUACAUUGUUCAUAGAGAUAUCAAAGCUAGUAACAUUCUCCUCGACAGAGAUUUGACACCCAAAAUUUCAGAUUUUGGGCUCGCAAAGCUUAUUCCGGACAACGCUACGCAUGUUAGUACGCGUGUUGCUGGUACAUUAGGUUAUUUGGCACCAGAAUAUGCAAUUGGGGGUCGUUUGACACGUAAAGCAGAUAUUUACAGUUUUGGAGUCCUCGUUGUGGAGAUAGUUAGUGGAAGGUGCAAUACAAAUACAAGACUGCCCCCUGAAGAGCAGUAUCUCCUUGAAAGAACAUGGGAACUCUAUGAGCGGAAGGAGCUGGUUGGAUUGGUGGAUACAUCAUUGAAUGGUGAUUUUGAUGCUGAGGAGGCUUGUAGGUUCCUAAAGAUCGGACUCCUCUGCACCCAAGACAAUCCCAAGCGCCGGCCGUCCAUGUCAACUAUAGUUAAGAUGCUUACCGGUGAGAUGGGUGUGGAUGAAAAAAAUAUUGCAAAGCCUGCAUUGAUCUCUGAUUUUAUGGACCUAAAAGUGCGGGGUCCGCCAAGAUCGUCUGGAACAGAGAACACUUCCUAUAACGUGACCUCCAGCUCAGAUACUCGAGAGAAUUCUACCUUGUCAUUGGGUGCCUCAACUUUUGGUACCCUGACUGUCUCGCCGGUAUAUGACCAGAGCCUUUGAUCUCGUCUCCAUGCUGUCUUAUUGACAACUUUAGUUGUGAAGUAAAUACUUGCGAAGUUUUUCCCUGGUUUGUUGAGGUUUGUUGGCUUGUGUAAAUUGUUCACGUUGCUUCGGAUGACAUUUGCUUUAUGCUGAGCGACAUAAUUAGAGGCUUCGGCCGUGUAAAUUUAGCCAAUUUAAUUGAUUGGAAGAAUAAUUCUGCCGUUGUCUUGGUGUCUCAA